AUGCAAGUCGAGCACAGCGGUACCCUCAUCCCCGGUAAGAACUGGUUCGGUAAGGUUACGGCCUUGAGCUGGAGUCCACAAGCUGACAGAAUGGCACUCGUUGGGAUGGAUGGCAAAGUGCAUUUGUUGAACGAACUAGGGGAAGUAAAAGACACAUUUCCAACCAAGCCACAUGACAAGGAGAACAUGAGGUAUAUGGUCACCUGCAUGAGCUUCUCACCGGAUGGCACUCGUGUGGCGGUCGGGCAGAGUGACAGCAUCGUGUAUGUGUAUAAGAUUGGAAUCAACUGGGGGGAUAAGAAGAGUAUCUGCAACAAGUGGCCACAGCCGUCGUCUGUGACGUGCAUUGCAUGGCCAUCCUCACAAUCGACACAGCUAGUCGUGGGACUAGCUGAUGGCCACUUGCGGUUGGCUAAUUGCAGAAACCAGAAAUGUUCCAAUAUCUACCACGACCAAGCACCUGUCGUAUCCCUUUGCCAGAGUCUCGACGGCUAUAGUGUUGCUGCAGCACAUGUUGAUGGAAGCUUAUUCCGCUAUACUUUCGAGUCUGAAGGGACGGGUGUCCCCCAGAUAUCCCAGCUGGUGAAACCUUCUGGUAUAUGCUCAGUGACCGCAGUCUCAUGGGGCCUAUGUUCGCUUGUCAUGAUUGGAACAGACCAUUCGCUGAGAUUCUUGGAUAGUGAUGAUGGUCGUGAGAUUGGCACGUUUGAUUACUCUGGUCAUCCAUCGCUUGGGAAAGGCCAGCUCGGUUGUUGUGCAUUCAACCCUCCUGGGGACACUCUAGCUGUCGGAGGCCAGGGCGUCAUCGCCCUAUUCAGUCGUAGUCUCACUGACACACGAGACUGGUCCGAGUUAUCGGGGAGAGUGGGAGCUACUCUACACCUCGCCUUCUCAAGUGACCGUGAGGAGGAGAACUGA